AUGCCGGUCGCUGUCAGCAAAAGCGAGAAAAUGCAGAAGGAGAGGCUUCUUGUCUGGAAAGGCAAGAAGCACUGCACAUCCGGAGGACUAACGAAGAGCGACCUAAUGAAGAACAAGGAUGGCAAGAUCGUAUCCGUCCGCGCCUCGGAAGCUGCAACAGAGAGAAACUUAAGGCGACGCGAUGGAUACUACCACGCUCCUGCUCCGGUGUACCACUACAGUCCCUUCAUCUACAACCCACCGGUGUGGAGCUCGACGUACUCCAACCCUUGGAAGUCAUACAUCAAGAACCCACCGGCAGUGAAGAAAAACAGCAUCAUGGGACAAAAGUCAACGUAUAUCAUAAUUUAGCCUCUUUUCAUCUACUAUGUAAAGUCAAAAACAAGAACUCAACAUUGUUGUCUACUUCUCGUUGUUUCAUCGGUUAGAGUCUAGUCAUAGUCUGAUAAAGAUGAUUAAUUACUUACAAUUUUUUGAUUUAUCUAAAAGUAAAACACAUUCAAAUUCUUAUUCUUAUUCUUUCGCCGAUGCGGUGACCAUCUACUUCUCUCCAUCAGGAGUGCAAGUUCAAGUGGAAGUGGAUCUCCUCAGGAAAAGCAAGAAAACAGUGCCGAGAAAUCCUCAUCUCCGCCUGUGCAGACGCCGGCAGCAAAAUAUUAAAUGAGGAAAAACCACGCACCUGGUGUGCUGCUCGUCGUAAAUUUGAGAAAAAAAUAAUUCUCUUUACAUUCAUAACUCUUGUGACAAGAAAAAGACGGUAGGGAGUCGCAUGAAGUUUUUCGAUCAAUAUUUUUGCUACAGCAAGAGAGACCUGAUCAUACUUUCUAAAAACUAUUCGAUACAGGACAUAAGUACAAAUAGAUAAAUAGAAUCCAUCGUCGCAAAAAGAACCCUCGCAUUCAGAAUGACAAAUCUUCAUGGAUAGUACAUACGGAUUGAUAGGCAAAUCGUCGUGCAGCUUUCCUGAAUUACUAGCUUGACGUAGAAGCAAUUCGAAAUUCACAUUGUCAUCCACUUCCAAAUUUGAUCUUUUCUUACGAUCUCCUGGUAGAAUAAGAAUUCACAAUUGUAGUACAAUUACUAUUACAAGUACAACACCCAAGUCCCCACUACUCGCUCUUUGAAUUAGCGAACAUUUCUAUGAUAGCCUAUUACAUGCACAUGCUGCAUAUAAACCCUUCCCAUACAACCAAAUGGUCAACAUAAACAUCUGAACAUCGCAUUAGCUCCUCAGCAUGAUUCGCGAACAAAAU